UCCUUCUUCUACAAUUUACAUCAAUACCUUCAAACUCAAAGUCAGUCACAAAAAAUAUUUUUCUUCACAAAAUCAUGAUAACGGCGAUACAGGAAUUCCUCUCACAAUUCAGAUACUCCGAUAGCUUAAGAGUCGUCGGAAUCUCAAUCUGCACCGCAGUUUUCUGCGAAGCCAUCUCAUGGAUCUUAAUCUACCGCACUAAUUCAUACAAAUCCCUCAAAUCCUCCAUCGACAAAGCUUCAAAGAAGCUCGAGACGAUGAAAACCGAAUCCACGAACAAAAUCAUCACCAAAAAAUCGAAAACCAAGAAAAUCGACCGGGUCGAAACUUCGUUGAAAGAAUCGAGCCGCGAUCUCUCGCUGUUCAAGUUUAAAUCAGGUGCGGUUGUUGCUUUUGUUCUCUUUAUUGUUUUUGGACUGUUGAAUUCGCUUUUUGAAGGUAAAGUGGUUGCGAAACUGCCGUUUAGUCCGAUUGCUAUUGUGAGGAAGAUGAGCCAUAGAGGCUUGCAAGGGGAUGAUGCUACGGAUUGUUCGAUGGCGUUUUUGUAUUUCUUGUGUUCGAUUAGUAUUCGCACCAAUCUUCAGAAGUUUUUAGGGUUUUCGCCUCCUCGUGGUGCUGCUGCUGGUGCUGGAUUGUUUCCUAUUCCGGACCCCAAGACGAAUUGAUUCGGUUUGUUGUUGUUUUUAUUAAUUUUUAUCCGCAUUCUAUACCAACUACUAAGAACUAGCUCAAGUAGGAUCAAAUUGGAAUCAAGUAUGUGGAUAAUAAUUUGAUGACAAAUGCAUCUCUAGAACUUGAGAUUUAGGUUAUUUUUGACAAGUUUUUAUGACAAUGAAAUUCGGUUAAUUUUA